UGUGUGACCAGCUGGCCUGACCGGGCGGGGAGCGUUGACUCGUACUCUAUCACCAAGUAUUUUGGUUGAUUGACACCACCUUGGCUGAGAGUUCCUGGAGUUAACGAGUCCUGGCUAUUCAUGGUGUGCCCUCUGGAUAUGGCUGGCAUCUGGCUCUUGCUCUGCUGCCAUAGUUGGUGGAUGUCUUCACCUUGCAGAGUAGACUUAUGCUGUGUGUGAUGUUAGUAGUCAGCACCUGCCUUGUCAAUGGUGGCUAGGUGUCACCAGGUGUAUCCCCACAAAAAGGAAGGACUUUUGCAGACAUGUCUCUCGAGCAAACAGCAUGUGAAGAUCUAAAAGCAUUUGAACGAAGGCUAACAGAAGUAAUUGCUCGGCUGCAGCCUGCCACAACCCGUUGGAGAAUGGUGCUGGCGAUUGUAGCUACAAGCACAGCUCUUGGUGCCUACCUCUGGCUCACUGAUCCUAUAACACAAGAUGCAUCUUUUGUCCAGUCCCUUCUCAAUCACCUCUUCUUCACUUUUGCUGCUUCUGCAUUAAUUCUCCUGUUCAUAAUGGGCAUUCACAAAAAGGUGGUAUCGCCCUCAAUAAUCACAUCUCGAACACGGGCAGUUCUGGUGGAUUUCAACAUGUCCUGUGAUGACACCGGGAAACUUAUUCUCAAACCACGACCAACAACAACCUGAGAAUAUUAAAUUUUUAGGAUGUAAGGGGACAAUUAUUUUUUAUGAUAUUCCAAAUGAAUAUAUUAGAGCUAAUCAUUAGUGAAUGCUUUACUUACACAAAUUUAAAUCCAAGUUAACAGAUUGUUGGAGAGUUGAUUAAAAUUGCAUCAAAGAACUAAACUUGGAUUUUCUAAAUUACUAUUGAUCUGUUUAGAAAACAAUAUUUUACAAACUUAGAAAGAUCAAGAUGCAAAAUUAUUCAUGAACUGUAGUUAAUUUUUAAGUACAAUAUUGCUAUGAAAACAUUAUUUUUAAACUACAGUUACACUGCUUCAUGACUGUUUUUAUCCCUCUGGUAUUGAAUUAUUAUGUGCUAGAAGCUUGUCAUUUAUCACAAGAGUUUUAAGUGCUACAUUCAAGUAUUUAUCUGCAGGUUUCUUUGACAACAAAGUAGUUGGGGAAUUGUUAGUCUAUUAUUACUUUUUUUAUUUUUUUAUUAGACCUCAGCUUAAGUUACACGAAAGUAAUAUCACUGUUACCGGCAUGUGCUUUAAAGUUCUUUCUUCCAUACAGUUCAUUAUAGACUAUUCUGGAAUAUCAGUGAGAGUAUACCAAAUGGUACUGUACAGUUUAUAUGAAUCUUACAAGUUGGUGAUUGAUCAGGUUUUUUUUAUGUGAAUGUAAAGACCUUUUUGUGGGAUAUAAGAAAUUCUCCAAAUUUAGGAGACAAGCAGAUACAGAUGUAGCUGGUGAAUCCAUGUCUGCAAGAGUACUCUCUAUGAAAGUCAGAUAAUGUUUUCUAUGAAUACUCAUGAUUUUAGUUUAAGGAAUAAUUUUUUGAUAGUGAAAUGUUUUACCAUGAAUGAUGUAUUCAGUGUUUUAUUUCCUUCCCCCUCCUGCACAUUAUUCCUUUUUAAUGAAUACAAUACUUUGGUGUAUUCAUUCUGUAGUAGAUAUGUGACCAACCUGUAAAUUUUGGUAGAAUUCUUUAACAUAUGUAAUGCUUAUCUAACAUUACUAAUGAACUUGAGAAUAUCAUGAAUGAUUUGUAAUUUAUUAUCUCUUUUUUUAUAUUCCUAUAAUGAGUGCUUGAGGACUGUGCUAUAGACAUUGAGAAGUUCCUUACUGGAGCAGUGUGCGAGAUAAAAUAUAACAUUAGCAGUUGUCUUGGAAGAUAUUGAUCUUCCCAAGAUUUUUGCAAUAAUUAUUUAGUGCUAAAAUAGACAAAAUUUAAGUUUGGAUGAACAUCACAAUGUGAUGUAUUAGUUGUGUAUAGUGUACACCAUGAUGUAUUUGUAAUAUUGAGGCUGUUUUACUCUAUAUACUCAUGUACAAUGUAAAUUUUAAUUACUUUAUACUUGAUAUUAAAGGUAUCCUUAAAUGAAUAUCUGAAAGCUA